AAAGAUCAUACCGUCUCGUUUUUCUUCAUACUGAGUGAAUUAUCAAGUAUUGUCAUGAAGCCUGACAUUAAAAUCAUACUUUUGUUGUUUUUUGUAUUUUGCCUCGUAAUCGAGAGUGAAGGAUUUUGGGGAAGAAGAUCAAGAAGUAAUACUCGUUCAUCAAGUUGGAGAAGAUCUAUUCGCAGAACACCCAUCCGUCGAAUACCUAUCCGUCGCACAUCCACAUCAAGGAAAAGCAGUGGUUGGUUUUCUGGUUCAUCCAGGUCAUCUUCGAGCAGCGGCUCUAGCAAGGGCUUCCCUCAUGACGUAAAGACAAAAAGUGGCUUGACUAAACUUUACAACAAGAAAGUGGUAAGUGUUCAACGUGUUGAAAGACCGCUGGCCGGUUUGAAUAAUGGAAAAAUUGGAGUUAUCGGUGUGAAGAUUGCGAACAAACUAGGAAUCAAGACGUCUGCCUCCGGUUAUAAGGAUCGUGCAACACACUCAGGCGUCGUGGUAAGAACGUCAGAUGGUAAACGAUAUCUGGUUCAUAAAGGCGAUGGCUAUGGAAAAUCUAGUCAGACAGUGGUUGUUGACGCUAAGCACAUGAGCAAUAAAUGGAAAAAUGUCGGCUCCAGUAAAAGUGGCAACGGAAAGAAUGUUGGGUCGUUCGUGAAAACCGGUGGGCCUAAUUAUAAUGUUAAAGGAGACAACUGUCAUAAUGCUGGUGAUAGGAUGAUGAAAAAUGGUAGAAAAAAACGUUCCACUUGUGGCUAGAUUUGAGAAACAAGUGUUAUUGGAUAUGAUUUGUGGAAACGGACAUUAAAUACGGGAUACGGAUAUUUGGUCCAAUUAAGUUUAAUUUACUAUAUAUUCAUAGUGUAAUCAAUAGAUUUCUAUAUGCGUUUCAUAGAAUAUAAACAAAAGCUUGUUUCAGAUGUAUGUAAGAAACUUUCAUAAAGUACAAUAAAAUUUAUUGUACAAAUUAGUUUUCUU